AACGCAAAGACGCUUAAGACUCGGAAGACAAGACAAGACAUGCAGCUUAAACCAGACAAAACGCAAUGGUUAAUUUUUACAAGACAUAUCGACUACAUAACUGGAACUUCAUUAAGCCGGAGCGCGCAGAAGCAGAAGCUUAGGCAACAGCUCCAGCAUCAGUUAGCAGAGGAACCAGCUUUCCAUCCUGGUACAGUUCUAUGA